UGGAAUCAAUACGAUCCCUGAUCACUGGUCGCUCUUUCAACUCUGACAUUGAACGCUGAGUCAGCGGGGCCUCGAGGACUGUAACAAGGCUGAAGAUGAAAUAUUUCAGAACAAUUCUAUCAACACCACCGCAGCCAUAAUGAACAACUCGCAGUUUCGCAAACUAGUCCUCGAUACUCCUGCGCGGCAGGCUUCCUCAUCAUCCCCUCCAGACAAGACAGCCCAGCGCAAUGGCGCAACACCUUCUGCCCUUGGUUCUCGGAUGCGCAGUUCCAUUCCCAUGACACCGCGCACAAUAGCAGGCUACAGUUCUACAAAUGCUUUUGCGCGACAACUUGCUGAACGCAAUGCUGCUGCCUCUGGUCCUUCAACCAAGAAAUUCCGCUCUGCAGCAGCACCGAAAGGCGUGAAGCUUGCAGAUGGUUAUACGGAUCGUGCGAAACAACUUCGAAGCGCGGGUGAGGAAGAAGAUGAAGAGAAUGACAAGGUUACAAGAGUCAAAGCGCUGGAGGAGAUGAUGAAGCUACAGCAGAUUGACGAAGAGACUUUCAUCAAGUUACGAGAGGAGAUUCUGGGAGAUGAGGUGAAGGAUAGGGCGAAACUGGUCAAGGGUCUGGAUUGGGGAUUAUUGGAGAGGGUAAGGAGGGGAGAAGUGGGUGUGGAAGAUGUCCUAGAAGGUUCCGAGAAGAAGAUGGCCCCCGAGCCAGACGACGAAGAGGUCGAGGAUGUUGACCACGAGUUUGAGAAGCUGGAGGAGAGAGAAGUGGAGGCUGUGGUCAAGGAGCGGGAGAAAAAGAAAGGGGAGAUGGCACCGCCUGCGCUGACGGGCAAGAAGCGGAAUCGAGAUCAGAUAUUGGCGGAAAUGAAGGCAGCAAGACAAGCAGCGAAAGAAGCAGCAGCUCCAUCUUUAGGCUCGAAGUUUAAGAAGGUUGGAGAUAGGAGGGCAGAGAGCAGGAUCGAGAGGGAUGGGAAGGGAAGGGAAGUUCUAAUUACGAUUGACGAAAAUGGGAACGAAAAGCGCAAAGUCAGGAAGGUCCAGCCUGAGCCAGAAGUUGAGAAAAGUCGUGGGCUGUUGAUGCCGGACAAAGAUGCCAAACCAUUAGGAAUGGAAGUGCCAGAUAUACCCAAAGUUGAGGAGGAAGAAGAUGAUAUGGAUAUCUUCGACGGGGUAGGAGACGAAUAUGAUCCUCUGGCUGGUCUUUCAGAGGACGAUUCAGAUGAGGCUGAGAAGGAAGCCGGCGAAGUGGAAGAAAAGAAGCCUAUUCCAGGAAGUAUGGCGCCGCCUCCAAAGCCUACAGCAUCACGGAAUUACUUCAACGAACCUAGCAAACCCACAACUACAGAAGAAUCCAAACCUGCCGCUCUCAGCGAUCCGACUAUUCUGGCAGCCCUUCGCAAAGCUUCGGCACUCAAUGUACCAUCCACAGAACCUUCUAACGCGGAAGAAGCCGCCAAGGAGGCUCGUCGGAAAAAGAUGCUGGAAAGAGAUGACCGCGAUGCUCAAGAUAUGGACAUGGGAUUCGGUUCCAGUCGCUUUGCAGAUGAAGAGGACUUUGAAGAGAAGAAGGUUAAAUUAAGCGAGUGGGGUAAAGGAGGGGAUGAUGAUGGAGAAGAGGGCGGGAAGGGUAAAGAGAAGCGGAAACGAGGCCCAAAGAAGAGGAAGGGCGACAGCAAUAGUGCAGCGGAUGUUAUGAAGGUACUUGAGAGGAGGAAAGCCUCUGGCUCUUGAGAUAGCUGUUUGGGGAAAUGCUAAAUCCUUAGCCGUCAAGUUUCACACAAGCAUUUUUUGGCUGUUGUUUGAUAUCCAUACUAUUUUCCUGGGUCCGGGGCAUAUGCAUGUUUCGUCUCAACUUGUGAAGGACAAAAUGGCAUGAAUUGACAACGGAUAAGCCAUCCCUUCAAAUAGACAAAUGGUAUACUAUGCUCAGGGAUACACAUGUGGGACAAGUGGACUUGUUUGCGUCUGAACGGGCGGGACCUCCACGAUUCUGAACGCAGAUUGGCUUUCAUUGACACGGAUAAGCCGAGUAAGGAUACCGGACGGAACUGCUCAUCGACUCUCAAGCUUCAUUAUCGAAGGGUUGUCAAGGUUGUGACAUCAAUAGUUAGCAUGACUUAAAUACCUAUCCCAGUUAUAUUUAUGCCAAUUGAGAUCCAGUCAACCAAUAAUUUGUGAUAAGCAGCUGUCGAAGGAGGGACUGCAUAAUUCCAAACUCACUACCCCGAAAGCGGCGAU